AUAGUCAAUGUCAAAUGUAGAAUCUAUAAUUUAUUAAAUAAUUACUCCUAUUGAAAACUAUACGAACAGAAAAGAGCAAGUCUGAAGUUCUCACACCGAUAUCUGUAGUACGUUAAACAAGUGGGUGGGAACUACAUUAACUAGCUCCUCGUCUCUAAAGUGGACUUCGAGAUCAAGCGUCAUUCGGCGGCAUGUCUCCAGGACAGGAGUCGACUGUUGCGCGCAAGGAAAAGUAGCCUCGUCUGGGGUGCAGGGGAUCUAUGGAGACUUGAAAAUCUGACAUAAGGACACGGAGAACGUCAGGUUCUUCUGUGUUGCCACAGGCAGGCAGGGCACCAGAUGACUGGUGUGUACUGGGAGUAGGGCUUUCAGUCGCUGCGCUGCAUUGGAGCACAAUUCACAGCCAUGCAGCAGGUGCUGGAUAACCUGAGAGACAUGCCUCCCACCACGGGGGCCAAAGACAUCGACCUCCUCUUCCUCAAGGGAAUCAUAGAGAGCCCCAUAGUCCGCUCCCUCGCCAAGGCACAUGAGAGGCUGGCGGAUGUGAAGCUGGAGGCUGUGAGAGACAACAACCAGCAGCUGGUCUCAGAGAUCCUAGACUCCCUCACAGGACUGAGUAGUAGAGACGCCUCCGCCGAGGAACUAGCCAACAUCCUCCAGGAACCACACUUCAAGUCUCUGAUUGAGGCCCAUGACAAGGUGGCAGCUAAAUGUUAUGAGAUGCCGUCGGAGGUGAACAGUAAUGCCAUGGCGACCGUCCCUCUCAUGCCCGCCGACGCCGUCAGGAUAAUUGGCAUUCAGAAGAAGGCUGGCGAACCACUGGGCGUGACGUUCAGGGUGGAACGCGGGGAGCUGGUGAUCGCCAGGAUCCUGCACGGCAGUAUGAUCGACCGGCAGGGCAUGCUGCACGCGGGCGACGUGAUCAGGGAGGUGAACGGGCGCGAGGUGGGCAGCGAUCCCAAGGAGCUGCUGGAGCUGCUGAGGGACUGCCAGGGGGGCGUCACCCUCAAGAUCCUGCCCGGCUACCGCGACACUCCAGCACCCCCACAGGAGAUCUCUGAGUUCCAUGCUCUCCUUAGGAGAUCUCUGAGUUCCAUGCUCUCCUUAGAAGAUCUCUGA